AUGGCAUCUAGAGAUGGCCAAUCAAAGAGGGGUCGUCAUGGCUCUUCUCCAGAACACCAAUCCGAGGCUGGACCAUCUCAGCGUCGUAGACGAAUAGAAAGACAGAGGAUGCCAGAAGAUGAACGUAAGGCACGCCAACAGCGGAGAUAUCGAUUACGGGAGCAGCGUGAGAAGAAAGAUGAAGAUUCUGAAGCAACCGGCUCAAAUCUGCCAGCCGUAGCUGAAGAACAAAGAGCAAGCUCAAAUGAGCCGGCGAAAAUAGAAAGCACAGAAAUCGAGGUCAUCGAGGAGCUAAAGCCGUGGGAGACUCUAGUCAUCGGUUGUGAUUUUGGAUAUAAUUUGAGCUAUAUCGAAGAAAAGGAUCGUGAGAUCGAACAGCACCGAUACAUUGUAAAGUACCACCAGGAGCACUCACCAGAUGAAGUUGCGCAUAAGCAAAAAGUUCUCGACAAGCUGAUAAAAGAGAGAUCGGAAAUGGAAGACAACGAAGAGAAUAAUAUGCCCAAAAAUCAGAGAGAGGAGAAGAAUCGAAUCGGAGAACGUCUAGAAGCGUUGAACUGGGCACUUGACACUUGUCAAUGCGAAGCCGAAGAGGCCAACAUCCAAGCCGCCAUCCAGGGGUAUCAUUCCGGAGACAUACCGUACUCGGACAACUUUACACUCAUCUACGCCGGGCAUAUUGCCGAUGUGUGCCCAACGUAUCGGUCCUUUUGUGUAGAUAGAAAGGAGAGGCUCGAUCGGUACUACGCAAGGUUCGGACCGGGUUGGCUCUGGUAUGAACCGCCUCUGUCUGAGGGAAAUGAUGGCGUGUUGGCAAAGAAGGGCUUAUGCCUCAAGCGUGCGAGGCCGCCAUCAGCGUAUGACAUAGGAAAUUACCCUGUAUAUCAGAGUUUUACCAUUGACAGGACGAAAGUAAGUAGAGAGGAUGAGAAAACUUACGAAAGGAUGCCCGAGAAAGAGAGGCCACCGAAGAACCCCCGAUCCACCGUUCACCUCAAAACCAUCUUAGACAGCGGAGCAACCUUCCCGCUUUUGCCCGUAUCCGACUUUCAACAUCUAGACAUCGACCUGAGAUGGUUGGCCGCGCAAGGCGUCUUGAAGGUUGCAACGGCAACCGAGAUUAUAAUACGUAGGUUCUUCGAGUUUCGUGUAUCGGUCUGUACAGAAAAGGGUGAAAGUAUUGUAGGAAAAGGGGAUGAUGCGGUAUAUCCUGACGAGGAACGAGUACUCGGAGGUCCCUGUCCAGUCGUACUCGAUCAUGCGAAAAAGGUGAAAGGGAAGUGGACGGAUCGUCUGAGUGGCAUGAUGCCGUUCGAAUAUUGCUACAUAUCCUCAGCGCCAACAGGGAUGGAAUUUUGGCUCGGAGAGGAUCGUAGAGAUGUGCUGGGGUCGAGACGCAUGCCAGCACUCGCGCGGUAUGAUCCAGAGACGGAGAUAUACGUCGAUACUCCAAAAGAUUUCGAAGCAUUGCAAGGCCGGGCACAGACGCCUGACGAAGUGAUAUUCAAACAUCAUUUUAGAGAGAAACAAGCAACGACUUUUGUCGAUAGAGACUGGCCGAGGAUGCGAGGGAGGUGUGAGCUAUCAGCCACCGAACUUUCUCCAAAUGAUCAAGGAUGGUAUGAACCCAAGGAAACGCGGAAGUGCAUAUUGGAACCACGAGUAGGCUCGGUUUGGAAAUCAUCUUGGACUCCCGCAUGGCGAUAUGAUCUGCUGUCUAAAGCUGAAUUAGAGAAUCCAAGGUAUCAAAGUAUAAAUCAGGACCCAUUGGCAUCAUCGAGGGGGUGGGUAUAG